CCGUCACGCAGCCGCCACCGCAGAGCCCGGGGAGGCGCCGGGCCGGGGCCGGGGCCGGAACAGGAACGGGGACCGGGGACCGGGAGAGUCGCAGCAGCCCGAGGCGGCACCGGGAGCGGGAGCGCAGCGCACGGUGCUGCCGCCGCGGCGGGGCCAGAAAAUGGCUGUUCCACCUGCUUAUGCUGAUCUGGGCAAAUCUGCCAGAGAUGUUUUCACCAAAGGAUACGGUUUCGGGUUAAUAAAACUUGAUUUGAAAACAAAAUCUGAGAAUGGACUGGAAUUUACAAGCUCAGGUUCAGCAAACUCAGAAACGAGCAAAGUCAGUGGUAGCUUGGAAACCAAAUACAGAUGGGUGGAAUAUGGACUGAUGUUCACAGAGAAGUGGAACACUGACAACACGCUAGGCACUGAGAUCACUCUUGAAGAUCAGCUUGCACGUGGCCUGAAGCUGACUUUUGACUCCUCCUUCUCACCUAACACUGGGAAAAAGAGUGCGAAAGUUAAGACAGGAUACAAAAGGGAACACAUCAACAUGGGCUGCGACAUGGAUUUUGAUAUCGCCGGUCCUUCGAUACGUGGAGCCCUGGUGCUUGGCUACGAGGGCUGGUUGGCAGGUUACCAAAUGACUUUUGAGACAGCAAAGUCCAGAGUAACCCAGAGCAAUUUUGCUGUUGGCUAUAAGACUGAUGAGUUCCAGCUUCACACUAAUGUGAAUGAUGGAACAGAAUUUGGAGGCUCCAUUUACCAGAAGGUGAAUGAUAAACUGGAAACUGCUGUGAAUCUUGCUUGGACAGCUGGUAACAGCAACACUCGCUUUGGAAUAGCAGCCAAGUAUCAGAUUGACCCAGAUGCCUCUUUUUCUGCUAAAGUGAACAACUCCAGUCUGAUCGGACUAGGAUACACUCAGACUUUAAAGCCAGGUAUCAAGCUGACAUUGUCAGCUUUGUUGGAUGGCAAGAAUGUCAAUGCAGGUGGUCACAAACUUGGUCUAGGAUUGGAAUUUGAAGCAUAAAGAGAAAUUCUACAAUCGUUAAUUUGAAAUUACAGCAUAGCUACCUUCAGAAUAUAGUGUACCUUUCAAUGUUGUAUGUCUGGGAUGCAAGUAAUGCUAAGUAUCAGUCCUGCUAGUCCUGGUUAAAGACAGCUAAGCUUUAAAAACGAUGUUUCAGAAAUGGAGACAAAAAGCAUUCUAAAAAAUCAUAAUUCCAGGCUUUUUUUUUUCUUUUUUUGGAAUGUUAUUACCCAUCUUAUCUGUCAGCUGCCACGUGAUAACAAAUAGGAAGGUAUUAUUACCUUUACUAACAUAUUGACUGCACAAGGAAUAUGUUAGCGUGAUACAAGAACUGUUAUGUCAAGAAUCGCAGACCACUAUUGUACUGUUAAUUCUUUAUGCAAAAUGUUCCAGCACUUAAGGCCUCAAUUCACUGUGGAACGUGCAAACUUGCCUGAAAAAAGGGAUUUUUUUUUUUCUGAUGGAUGUUUCACAAAUGGUUUGUCUCAUUUGGUUACUUUACACCUACAGCUGUCUCCAGAAGGCUUUAGGUUGUCUACUUUGUGUAACUCUGUUGCCGAGAAGGUUUGAUGUGACUCAGCCAAUACUACUUGUCCUGUGCUGUGGUUCCUUUCCCUUGCACUGAAUGGAAGUCUUGUAAGGCAGGGCCAUAAUCAGGGAAGAGUGUUUGUAACUGCAAUCACAUAGUUGCAUCACUAAAUUUAAAAUGGACUUUUGUUUUAUUACCACUUUUUUUUAGCAACUAAAUGGGUACAUUUUUAGAGUCUUCCAUUUUGUGUGGAACUAGACCCCAAAAUGCUGUACUUGACACUACUAAAACUGGAUACAAAAAAAAAAACCCAACAAACCCAACUUGAAUAAAAUAUUGAAAUGUCACCUUU